CCCGCCCCGGCACCGGCUUAGCGAACGCCCUCGGUGCUCCCUCGGGCCUGACUUCCGGUUUGCCCGCUUGGCCCUGGCUCCGAGCUGCGGACAACCCGGAGGCCGCGUUUCCGGCGCGCGGCGCCCGCCCUCCCGCCGGCCCUUUUGCGGCGUUUCCCCUGCGCGGCGCGCCGCCCGGGCGGGCGCUGACGAGGCCGGGUAACCGGUCUUCUUCGGCUUCGGCUCGGCCCACCUUCCAGAGCCUCCGGGCCGCAGCCCACUAGCCGGCCGCGCCGGCCCCGGCACCGCCGAGGCAGGAGAAAUGGGAGUCCCUCCGCGGCGUUCCCGGAGCAGCUGCAUUCGUCAGGGAAGCGGCUGUGUCUUCGAGGAAACCGGAAGCCCGCGGUGACCCCUGGCGACCCGGUUUGUUUUCUGUCCGUUUCCAAACACGGGAAUCGAAACUCGGCGGCCCUGGGGGCGGCCCCACGGAGCCUGUGUUCUGGCUGUCAUGGAUGCACUGGUGGAAGAUGAUAUUUGUAUUCUGAAUCACGAAAAAGCCCACAGGAGAGACCCAGUGACUCCAAUCUCAAUAUAUUCAGGAGAUGAAUCUGUUGCCUCACAUUUUGCCCUCGUCACUGCAUAUGAAGACAUUAAAAAAAGACUUAAGGAUUCAGAGAAAGAGAACUCUUUCUUAAAAAAAAGAAUCAGAAUUUUGGAAGAAAAGCUUAUAGGAGCUCGAAAGGAUGAAGAAACAAGCUCUGUGGGAUGGGAACAAGUAAAUAAAGCCUAUCACGCGUACCGAGAGGUCUGCAUUGACAGGGACAAUCUGAAAAACAAACUGGACAGAAUGAAUAAAGACAACUCUGAAUCUUUGAAAGUGUUGAAUGAACAGCUACAAUCUAAAGAAGUAGAACUCCUCCAGCUGAGGACAGAGGUGGAAACUCAACAGGUGAUAAGAAAUUUAAAUCCUCCUUCGUCAAACUGGGAGGUGGAAAAGUUAAGCUGCGACCUGAAGAUCCAUGGUUUGGAACAGGAACUGGAACUGAUGAGGAAAGAAUGUAGCGAUCUCAAAAUAGAGCUGCAGAAAGCCAGACAAACGGAUCCAUCUCUGGAAGACAAUCUGAACUGCAGAGAUCUGCAGAGACUGAGCGUCUCAAGUGACAAUAUGCAAAGUACAUACUGGGAACUGAAGAGAGAAAUGUCUAACUUGCAUCUGGUGACUCAAGUACAAGCCGAACUACUGAGAAAGCUGAAAACCCCAACUGCAAUCAAGAAAGGCAACUUGCGCCCCAGCAGGAUGCGUGGGAGACCUGGGUAAAGACAGCACAAAACUGCACUUGUCGACUUUCACUGCAGCUCACAGAAGACACGCCCCCCUCUCAGCAAACGGCAGAGCGCUCUGCCAUACCACGCCUUCCCCCUUACCAGGAGACGCAAAGGUUUUAUCGGAGAAGGCAGCUCUCCAGUCGUGGACAGAUCACGAGCGAUCCAUUCCUCACGAUGGCACAAACUUUCAGGAACACAACUCUUACAGCAGAAAUUCCCUGGAAGAUAAUUCCUGGGUAUUCCCAAGCCCUCCUAAAUCAAGUGAGACGACAUUUGGGGAAAUGAAAAGUAAACCUUUGCCUUUGCCCAACUUGCCACCACUGCAUUACUUGGAUCAACAUAAUCAAAACUGCCAUUAUAAACAUUAAUUCUGAAGAGAUUCAUGGUGUUCUCAGUGGUUUUCUGGGAAAAUCAUUAGCAGACAAAGCAGAUUGUGAUUAAACUUCUGGAGUUUCCAGUAUUUACAUUUGCACAUGAUGCACCAUACUAUGUAGUCGAUUUUUCAGUGUGGAAGAACACCCUCCAGCUCCGUAUUCUGGCUAAGAAUCAAAUAUGUGUUAGUACUUAAUAAAUUAAUAAACUUAUGGUAUUUCAAAAUCACAAUUCUACCUUUGAUGAUAAUUGUAAGUUUCUGCCUUUCACAUUGAGAAUGGAACUGAAAGUUUGCAGACAUGGUUUUACAAAGCGUAUGAAAUGCCUAACAUAGCAAUAAAAAAGGAAACCAUUAUAUCAGAGAAGAGUCAUAUUAAGCUGCAUAAAGGAACAGAUGGAAAUGUGAAGAGAUUACAUUCCUGCUGACCUUUUAAUGUGUACAGAUAAAAGUAUUACAGUGGAACAAUAGUAGCUGGCUUACUCUAUAUGUGCUAUUGUGUCUCAAAGUUUAACAUCAUUUUUUAAUCACAAUGUUGAUAAAAUUUGAAGCUGCCAUCUGGAUUUUAAGACUUGAAAUUACCUCAUUGUAGCCAACUCUGUCCUGGUAUUAAUACAUCCCUCAAGUCUUAACUGAAAAAAAUGAUGAAACAGUUGAAAAACUGUAUGUUGUAUGAAUUAAACUUACAGUCAUGUACAUUAUCCAGGUAGAAGUGGGAACAGCGUCAUACCGGCGUCCGUCUGACCUUCAGCAUAUAGUGAAAACUCCGCUGGGUAUGUAACUGUAAAUCUGUUUGCUUCAAAGGGUCUACACCCACCAUGAACGCAGAGCAGCCUAUUCAUUGGUUAGACCUUAUUUUGAAGUGUUAGUGAUUUGCUUACUGAGAACAUGGUUUUUAAUUAACGAGGAAUUUUGAUUCUAGAAACCCAGUUCUGUGCUGCAUUGAUGUCGCGGUGGUGCUCCCCAGGUGGUGAGAGCAGGGGCAGGGGCGACGGAGGGUGAGAUGGUACGAUACGACAAUGUCACCCACCCAGUGGGCGUGAGUCUGAGCAAAUUCCGGAGACAGUGAAGGACAGGGAAGACGGGCGUGGCUGCAGUCCACAGGGUCAUGAAGAACUGGACAUGGAUUAGCAACUGAACCACCACCACCGCCCAGGUGGCUCUGUGGCCAAGAGUCCACCUGCCCACACAGGCAGGACCCACAGGAGACGUGGGUUCGAUCCCUAAUGGUAACGAUGACUUCAUCUGGAAAUUCCUCUGUAUAUUUCAGGGUGAUAAUAUUAAGAAUGUUAGUAAUAACUCUCAGUUCCUACAUCUUUUGCCUGAGAUUAAGCGUUUGAUGUCAGAAGGCUUUUAUCCUUUUUGACAGUUUCAAACACCUUGGACUCAAAAAUAAUAUUUCAGAUCUCUUACACACUAACUGAAUAGCAUCCAUAUAUAAACAGUGUUCCCCAUUCGCCAG